UGCCACGCCUGAUUCCCACAACAGCAAUAAUUCAGAUCUAUUGUAGUAUAAUAUCACGUGCUCAAUUACGUCAAUAUGUUUGGCUAGCGUAAGCAAUAUUUAAUAUCUGAGAACUAUACCUCCAUUCUCACCUUUUAACCUGUACAAACAGGUCCACUCUUGGCAGCCGGAAAACAGGUCUAUGCUCAUCUACCGUUAGCGAGAAAAUCCGAGCCAUCUGACGUGGAAAGGAUUUAGGUUUAGUCGAAAUUGCUUUCCCGACUGUGAGAUUAAGUACCGUGGCGUAUUCGUGUCCGUAGUAGCCUUGGGUAUUUCGUGGUUUUGGCACGAACUUGCCUACCAGGGAUCAUGCCCAAGGCAUGUACAAAGUUUUCACUCUAGCCUUUUUUUUCUGAACCUGGACUUUUGGACAACUUGGUCCAGAACGCUGUCACUGUGGAAAUUAUGCCCACGACUGUCCUACUGCUGCAACUUGCCUGGGUGGUCGUUGCGUCUGGGAGGUCGGUUGGUUUGAGAGGACACGUGCGUCAGACACACAGCCAAAUCAGAUUCAGAAGAGAAUUACCAUUGACAGUUACAGGAAAUCAAAAAUUUGGCAGCUCCAUACUGACUAGAAGUUCAGAUCUUACCAAAACCACCAUGUCAAAGUCAGAGCAGCUCUUAAGCAUUAAGGACCAUGACUUUGCAAUGCGGCCUGGCUUUGGGGGACCUGCUGUUCCAGUUGGAGUUGAUGUUCAGGUAGAAAGUCUGGACACCAUCUCAGAAGUUGACAUGGACUUUACUAUGACCCUGUAUAUCAGGCACUACUGGAAAGACGAGCGCCUGGCUUUCCACAGCACCACCAAUAAGAGCAUGACCUUCGACGGGCGACUUGUGAAGAAGAUCUGGGUGCCGGACAUGUUCUUUGUUCACUCCAAGAAGUCUUUUACACACGACACCACCACAGAUAACGUCAUGCUGAGAGUCUACCCUGACGGCAAAGUGCUCUACAGCCUAAGGGUGACCGUGACGUCUAUGUGUAGCAUGGACCUGAGUCGCUUCCCUCUGGAUACACAGACCUGUUCCCUGGAGAUCGAGAGCUAUGCGUACACGGAUGAUGACCUCAUGCUCUACUGGAAGAAAGGGAACAAUUCUCUGAGCACGGACGAAAGGAUCUCCCUCUCCCAGUUCCUAAUCCAGGAGUUCCAUACCACAACCAAAUUAGCCUUCUAUAGCAGCACAGGCUGGUACAACCGGCUGUACAUCAACUUCACCCUGCGACGCCACAUCUUCUUCUUCCUGCUCCAGACCUACUUCCCUGCCACUCUGAUGGUCAUGUUGUCCUGGGUGUCCUUCUGGAUUGACCGCAGGGCAGUGCCGGCCAGGGUUCCUCUGGGUAUCACCACGGUGCUCACCAUGUCCACCAUCAUCACCGGAGUCAACGCCUCCAUGCCCAGGGUGUCCUACAUAAAAGCCGUGGACAUUUACCUCUGGGUCAGUUUCGUGUUUGUAUUCCUGUCGGUGAUAGAGUAUGCCGCGGUGAACUACCUGUCCACGCUGCAGGAACGUAAGGAAAGGAAGCUACGAGAAAGGAUGCCCUGCACUUGUGGAAUGACCCACCCGGGCAUGAUGGGCACCUACAGCGAGGAAGACGUCAACAACACCGGGAACUACGGCGGUGUGCCCGAAGAGAAUGGCGCCAUGAAGCAGCAGAGGAUGAUGGUCCAGCUGGAGUUUGAGGAGAACGACCAGGUCACAGGACACGUGGGCCCCAGUGCCUACAACAGCAUGUGGAUCGACACCCACGCCAUAGACAAGUACUCCCGGGUCAUUUUCCCCGGGUCAUACAUUUUGUUCAAUGUUAUCUACUGGUCGUGCUACCUCUGAUGGAAUGUAGCACAUUGGAACUAAACCAGGAUGAAUUGUGGUCAUAGAUUGUUGAGCUUCGUCUGCUCUGUGAAAAUGAAAAUGCUGAAGGUGCACAUCCAUACGGGAACCAGGACUCUUGUGGUGAUGCAAAAUCCCAAGGCGUGGCACCUGGACAGCUCUGGCUUGGGGAUGGAGGACAUACCAUCCACAUCGUCAUGCGAAAAGACUGAAACCAACAGCAGUUACUGUCACUUCGACUACAACAUUUCUGUGUUUUAUAUGUCCGGGGAAAGUACAGAGGUCAUAUGAUGACUAACCAGUAGUGGGUUGGCUUUUAUGUACUGCUUAAAACAUUGGGGCCAUACUUGCAAACAAUUCACAGGUUUAAGCAUCAGCCAAUCAAAUUGUCUUUGCGGUCCCACAAAAUGAUGAGGUAACAAGGUGACACUCGAGUCUCUACUCCUCUCAAGUUGAUUUGAAUUAUUUUCAUCAUGAAAAUAUACCUGAGAAAUUUUCUUUCAGGCUUUUUUUCCCCUUUACUACAUUAGAUUAGCCUCAGUCCAACUGCUCGUUGUAAUCAUCACAUGUUUUUGACUUAGUCCUGUAGCACAACAUAAUUGCUACAGACAUAAUUGUCCUUUUGGCAGGACGGCUACUGCUUGAUGAGGCUACUUUGCAGCGGUUUACUGGGGGUAUAAAGUAAUGUAGUCGCCAUUGCAGGCUGACAUUAGUGUAGCUGGGAUGUUGUCAUUGAUAAGUGGGCAAGGAGAAAACCAUCGGAUAUAUCACCCACAAUGGGAUUCAAACUCGCAGCCAUCUUACGUUCCCUGGGCUCAGCACACUGGCAGAUCACACUACAAACUAAUGGCAACAAUAAGGCAUAUUACCGCCAUUUGACAAGAUUAGUGUGCUAAUCUUUUCAUGUUUACGUAUGUAUAACCAGCAUUCACAUCAGUGUCCUCUGAAAAGCCAUUUUAGGCAGUGUUGUGGCACGGGGACCAGGAAGCAAAAUGCUUAGAAACUCAGCUAAUAAGCGGUGUUGUUUCUAGGCUGUGUGAAGCAAUAAUCAUUAUGGAACAAGACAGCUAUUUGAACUGUCCAUGAGUUACCGUUUAUUCAAUCCAUUUCCAUGUUGCAUACCCAUCCUUUGUCAUUGCUGGGGAGGGAAUUCAUGCCAGUUCAUCAGAUGCUAUUAAUCCAGAUCACAGUAUAGGAGUCAUUGAGGUUAAGUGCCUUCAAUCCCCUCACCUUAUUGGCUCUGGGAUUCAAAUCGGUGACCUUUAAGUAACUGCCCCAAACCUCUAUAAACUGACUUGUCUGCAACCCCCUCCCCACAUUAAGCAAGGUUGAAAAUAAGUUGUUCUAAAGUGAAAAUGGCUAAUUACUUUUGGAAAAUUAAAUACAAUGUUUUUAAGAAAAAUUAGAAUGAAGAGGGCUAUGUGGAAUGAAAAUAGCUGUAAUUUAUUUUUAAUUGCCUCAGAUUCAUGUAGAAGAAAGUUGUAUUGAUCCUAGGCUGGAUCACAAAGUUAAUUAUUAAAACAACAGUUGAUCAGGGCUUAAAGUGAAAGCAUUUCAUGUAGCCUUUCACCAUUUGAAUUGGUUGAUGCUUAGACAUUAAUGGAUGCAGGUAUGAAAUAUUGUGUUUUUCUUUGUUUAGUUUUUGUUUGCAUUAAAACUUACUAAAGUACUGUGAUUAAGUUGUCAUUGUCAAUAUAAAAUUAGACUGCAUUGCUGGACUAAGAAAUGGCAUAUCAUACAAAUCAAACUAAAGUAGAAGACAUUCCAUGCAAAUCAUAAGGUUAACUCUUAUCAUCAUACAGGGAUAUACACCCAUAUGAUGAAAUUUGGGUGUCCUUGCAGUUCAUACAUGCUAUAACUCAGAUAAUACUAGUGGACUUUGACAGGAACUGGGUAAAUGAUGUGUAUCUGGCAUUUACACAAAAAUCUAUUAAAUUAAAUAAUAAUUUCACAUCUUAUAUCACUGGUUCCCAUAAUUCAUAGGGAACGAAAUGUUUACUGAUACCUUCUGUUAAAGUUUUAUCUUGUUUGCAGCAUACACAAUAGCCAUGUGAUUCUCAUGAAAACUAUUUGAAUUGUGUUUAACACAAUGUAUCAGGUCAAUUGAAAGCAUCUGUAAUUGUUAUUUUGUGAGCCAGUAUAGAUUUUGAUGUUGUUUUAGUUACAUUGUGUAACAAUGAGAACAUAAUUUUUGCAGUUUUUGAUAUACAUGUCUUUGUGAAAUGCAACUUUGUGAAAUGUAAUUUUAUAUGAAAACAAACACAGACCAAAUGAAUAUUUCAUACUGUGCUAUACAAUUUCAGGGUAUCAUUUGUGUAUAAGUGGUUUCAACUGGACCGUAACACCCAUUUGUCCCUUUUCUGUAUAUGCUUGAAUGUGUAUUGAACAGUACUUUACUUUAGCAUGAAUCUGUCUGAUGGAAAAUGUUCUGGUCCUAUUGUUCCCUGCGUCUCUGCUGCCACUCCUCACAUACUGAAGUGUUUCAUUCAACAUUGGGGACAAGUAAAUGAGCUACUGAUAGGAUGACUUUGUAACUCAUUGUCUGAAUUGUCAAAUCAUUGAUUAAAAUAUUUUCUUCUAA